AUGACUUAUUGCAGACACAUGGAAACGCUGGCGUGAGGGAUGUCUGGCACCCCACUCAGAGCAGGAUUAUCACCACCAUCAGCCCAGGCGAGGCGGAGAGCGGUGCCGUCAUGGCGGGCGGCCGCUCGGCGGGGCUGCUGUGGAGGCUCUGCAACCUGCUCAUGGCCGCCUUCUUCGGGCUAGCGGCCGCCGUGCAGGUGAACGACCCCGACGCCGGGCUGUGGGUGGUUGUCUACUUAGUGCCGGCUGCCCUCACGCUGCUUGUUGUCCUUAACCCUGUGGUAACAGCACUGCUGCCAAGAAGUUGCAUUCCUGGGAAAGGAAGACACCAGCUUUUCCUGCAAGCUUAUUUUUUCCUCAGAAAACUUUAUUUGGAGGAGCCUCUGCGACCUUCAUUCUGUUGGUUGUAUUAUUGGGACCAUUGCCUUGGCUUACUCUUUGUUUGCAUAUACUCAAGGAAACAUUUUGCACGAAGAGGAGGGCAGAGAGUUGUUUGGUCUGGUGAUUAUUACAACAUGGAUGAGUCUUUGUCGCAGUUCAGCAAAAAUUUCUGUUCCUGGAAAGCAGAACCCAUGCAGCAGUCCAGAGACAGUAAGCAUGCUCUGUCAUCACCAGCCAUGGAGAAGGAAGCACAGGUGAAUGUGAAUACUCUGACUGUGAGAGACAGCAUGGAUCAACAUGCAGCACAGGAACACACUUCAGGUCAUCCCCAGUCAGGGCUUGUUCCCUCAGUGCUGCUGCAGGCUGUGCACACACAUAUCCCACCUGCUGGAUCUGCAGCAUUACAUGAUGGCAUAGUUUUCCUGCCUUUAUUUUCUUUAAAGCUUCUCUGCACUGUGCUCUGAUACAGCAUAGACAGUGCCCAUUUUCAUUGGCUUCGCUUUUUUCAGAAUAACUUGAUUCUUUUAAAGCAGAGUUAAGACUGUUUUCGGCUGCAGGGUGGACUUCCCAGCUAGAUGUAUGUAGUUUCUUCUGGGCAGGUACAAUUUGAAAUGCUUUAAAUCUGACUAAUAUACCUGUAAAAACAAAACUACCAACUAGUGGCUUUUUUGUUGUUGUUUGUGAUUUUUCACAAUAAAUAAUAAUCUGUUCAAGA